AUGGCGAUGAUCAGCACCAAUCUAUUCGUUAUACUAAUAGUCUUCUCUGCAACAACCUUCUCCACAGUCGUUUCGAAAAAAUCCUCAACCGACAUAACCUGGUGGUGCAAGAAAACCCCACAUCCCGAACCAUGCAACUACUUCAUGGGGCACAGCCGCCACCGUUUUGCGCCGAAACACAGAUCUGAUUUCCGAAAAAUGGCGGUGCAAGUGGCCAUCGAUCAAGCCCUAAAUGCACAACGACAUGCGCUGCAGCAAGGCAGAAAUCUUGAGAACAAGUGCCAGAAAGCCGCGUUUUCAGAUUGUUUGAAACUCUACGACAACACCAUUAGCCAACUAAACCGCACCCUCCAAGGCCUAGGUGGCACCAAACGGAGCUGCACCGACUUUGAUGCGCAAACGUGGCUCAGCACGGCCCUCACAAACAUAGAGACAUGCCGAGCGGGUUCCUUGGAAUUAAAUGUUUCGGACACUAUAGUCCCGACCAUGUCAAAUAAUGUAUCCGAGCUUAUUAGCAAUGUUCUAGCCAUUAAUGGGGUAUAUCUAGACGAGCAAAGCAAAAAUCAUGAAUAUGGGUUCCCAAGCUGGGUGUCGAGGCAAGGAAGAAAGCUGCUGCAGUCUUCGUCGUCUUCGAUUAAGGCAAAUCUUGUGGUAGCAAAAGAUGGUUCGGGGAAUUAUCGAACGGUCCAAUCAGCUAUUAAUGCUGCGGCGAGGAGGAGGAGCAUGACGAGGUUUAUUAUACACGUGAAGAGAGGGGUUUAUAGGGAGAAUAUUGAGGUUGCCAUCAAUAACAACAAUAUUAUCUUGGUUGGUGAUGGCAUGAGGAAUACGAUUAUCACCAGCAGCCGGAGCGUUGGAGGAGGAUUCACCACCUAUAGCUCUGCCACUGCCGGCAUUGAUGGGCUUCACUUCAUGGCUCGUGACAUUACAUUCAGCAACAUGGCCGGCCCGCAAAAGGGUCAGGCGGUCGCCCUCCGCUCCGCCUCGGACCUCUCGGUCUUCUACCGGUGCGCCUUCCAAGGCUACCAAGACACCCUGAUGGUCCACUCCCAGCGCCAAUUCUACAGAGAGUGCUACAUCUACGGCACCGUGGACUUCAUUUUCGGCAACGCCGCGGUGGUUUUCCAAAAUUGCAUUAUAUAUGUGAGGAGGCCACUGAAGGGCCAAGUCAACGUGAUCACGGCCCAAGGCAGAAAUGACCCGUACCAAAACACCGGGAUUUCGAUCCACAAUUCUCAAGUACGGGCCGCGCCCGACCUAAAGCCCGUGACCCGGGCAUUCAAAACCUACUUGGGCCGGCCUUGGAUGGAAUAUUCUCGAACAGUUUUUCUCCAAACUUAUCUCGACAGCUUGGUGAGUCCGGUGGGCUGGCUGGCGUGGAACAGAUCUAAAUUUGCUCUUAGCACUUUGUAUUACGGGGAGUACAAGAAUUUUGGACCGGCUUCGUCUACCAAAAACAGAGUGAAAUGGGCUGGAUUUCAUGCCAUAACGAGCCCAAAUGUGGCUUCGCCGUUCACCGUUGGGAGUCUUAUUGCAGGGACCUCAUGGUUGCCGGCCACCGGUGUGCCGUUCACGUCCGGCCUAUGAUCGUGUCCUAUAAUUAAUG